ACAGCGUGAGAAGAGCGCGAGAGGAAGAAAAGAAAAAAAGAAAAAAGCUUCUUUGACGUCAGACACGUUCGAGCUCAGCAGUCCAAGAUGGCGGAGGUGAGCGGGUUGAGGAGCAGAAAUCACUUCGAGCCCAGCUGCAAAAGCCGAGUCACCGACGAAGGCUUGAGUGGUGUGGAAGAUGUCCCCAUUUUUCGGCAUAAUAAGAGGCCUCCUUUAGCCAGGCCUGAGGACCUGGAUGAUGAAAUGCUCCCCAGUACCGCAGCCUCAAACUCGGGCAAAUAUGCAAACCUCACCCCCUCCCCGGACGAUGAGUUCCUGGAAGGAGAGGCUGCAGCGGCGGAGGAGGAGGAGGAGGAGGAGGAGAAGGCCAAGGCCAGGCCCAUCCAGAUCGUCCUGGCCAACGAGGAGGAGCACAGCUUUGAGCUGGACGCCGCAGCGCUGGAGAGGAUCCUGCUGCAGGAUCACGUGAAGGACCUGAAUGUGGUGGUGGUGUCCGUGGCCGGGGCCUUCCGCAAGGGCAAGUCCUUCCUGCUGGACUUCAUGCUGCGCUACAUGCACUGUCAGCUCGGGCAGCAGAGCCAGUCAUGGAUGGGAGGAGACGAUGAGCCGCUGACGGGGUUCACCUGGAGAGGAGGCUGCGAGAGGGAAACCACAGGAAUCCAGAUCUGGAGCGAAGUCUUUGUGGUCGACAAGCCUGAUGGCAGCAAGGUUGCUGUGCUCCUCGUUGACACUCAGGGAGCGUUUGACAGCCAGUCCACCAUAAAGGACUGUGCCACUGUGUUCGCCCUCAGCACAAUGACCAGCUCUGUACAGGUGUACAACCUCUCCCAGAACAUCCAGGAGGACGACCUGCAGCAUCUGCAGCUCUUCACAGAAUACGGCCGUCUGGCAAUGGAAGAGAUCUACCUGAAACCUUUCCAGUCUCUGAUGUUUCUUAUUCGGGACUGGUGUUAUCCUUAUGAACACAACUACGGACUGGAAGGAGGCAACAACUUCCUGGAUAAAAGACUACAAGUGAAACAGAACCAACACGAGGAGCUGCAGAAUGUGAGGAAGCACAUCCACUCCUGCUUCUCCAACAUCGGCUGCUUCCUGCUGCCACAUCCGGGCCUCAAGGUGGCCACCAACCCGUACUUUGACGGCAGGCUGAAAGACAUCGAUGGUGAUUUUAAGAGGGCGCUUUCCCAACUGGUGCCUCUCCUCCUGGCUCCGGACCGACUGGUGGAGAAGGAAAUUGGCGGCAACAAAGUCACCUGCAGAGAUCUCCUGGAGUACUUCAAGGCUUACAUAAAGAUCUACCAAGGGGAGGAACUGCCUCACCCAAAGUCCAUGCUGCAGGCGACCGCAGAAGCCAACAACUUGACGGCUGUGGCAGGAGCCAAAGACAUGUACGGCAAGAACAUGGAGCUGGUCUGCGGUGGGGACAAGCCAUACAUCGCCCCGGCCGACCUGGAGCGCUUCCACGAGGAGUUUCGCGAGCACUCGGUGAGUUACUUCCGCUCCGUGAAGAAAAUGGGCGGAGACGAGUUCUGCCAGCGCUACCAGAACCAGCUGGAGUCCGAGCUGGACGAGACCUACUCCAACUUCUCAAAGCACAACGACGGCAAGAACAUCUUCUACACGGCGCGCACGCCCGCCACGCUCUUCGCGGUCAUGUUUGUCACCUACGUGUUGUCCGGGGUGACGGGCUUCAUCGGUCUGAGCACCUUGGCGUCGCUGGCUAACCUGGUCAUGGGCGUGGCGCUGAUGUCGCUCUGCGCCUGGGCGUACGUGAAGUACUCUGGAGAGUUUCGGGAGGUGGGGGCGAUGAUAGAUCUGGUGGCCGAGACCCUCUGGGAACAGGUUCUGAAGCCAUUAAGUGAACAUUAUAUGGAAGACAACGUCAGACAGACGGUGGUUAACUCCAUCAAAGCCAGCCUGACGGAACAGGGCUCGCAGCACGCCAAGUUAAAGACUCACUGACGCCCCUCCUCCUCCUCAUCUCUCCCCUCCGUCAUGCUCAUCACCCUCCUGCCCACUCGCUCAAUGUGUUCAAUCCUAGAACUGUGGAACUAGUUCAACACCAAAGCUGACCCUCUUUUACCCCCCCUAACAUCCAUCAUCUCCAUAUGGCUGCCCCCUUCUGUAUAUGCUGUCGAGGACCUGCCCUGCACUUCAUCGCCCCCCAGUGCCUCAGAGCAGAAACUGCACGUUCAAGAGAGGACGGAGGAGAAAACCGGACCUGAAGGACUGUCAUCUUCUCCAGUGUGCCAUGCUGUGAAAGAUGUGUCUUUUGUUUUAGGCUGACACACACACACACACACACACACACACACUCACAUAUUUGCUGGUAGCAGACUGCACUCGCUUCAGGAUUGAGCUGCAAUUCAGGGAAAACUGACACCGCUGUGGGAAGCUGUUAUCAACAACGGAUGCAAACUGAAACACUUUUUUGUGCAUUUAGUCGUUUUGUCUUACAGGCCAGAGCUCAGUUUACUUUUCUCUUCGGCCUGUUUAUUAACGUUUCCUACAAGCACAAGUGAUUAGUCGACUAAUAGUGAGGUGAUUGUCGAGUCUGUUUCUUUUUUGUUAUUUCAGUAAAAUCGGGAAACAGAUUUUAUUGAUUCUAAAUUGAAAGUAAACUGAAAAUCCUGUCAGGGACAAGCUAGAGGGGCUUUUUUUUUUUUUUUUUUUUUUUAAACUGUCAUUUUCCAGUCUGUCCUGGUGAAUCUGUUUUCUUCUACAAAUCUGAACUGUAUAGACCUUUUUCUGACGUGCUGCUAGAUCAUCUGCCUGACUCCAUUCAUUCAGUUUCUCUCCUUUCGUUUGGAAGCUGCGUUAACCAGGUAACAUAAUCACAUGCUGGGCUGAGGUUGCUUCUAGACGUCUGUCCGUCUUUCCCUUUAAUAUUUUGUGAUUGUAAUCCUGAAGAGAACUGUAGGAAGCCCUCAAAGCCUCUCAGCUGAUUUUUGAAGUGUUUUUAAAUUAGGGCCUUCAGUGUCUCGUAGCGGACCUGCCAGUGUUUGGCCUCUCUGCAUGGUGUUGAGAGCUACUGUGUUGUAGCAUUAAGCUAUCUAAGAGCUUUUAGAGCCAAGUUGUCUCUAGUCAGGUAGCCAGAGAGGACUGUCAUUAUGAACCAUUAUCUCAUCCACUGCCUUUCAUUAAAGCUGCACUAGCCCGGGAGGUUUCCCUCACAUUUUUAAGACCUCGAUUCAUGGGAGCCUUAUUUAGCUGGAAAGAGAUUUCUGUUUUUAGCUCAAACUCAUAUUACACCUUUUUUUUUUUUUUUUUUUUUU